CUCACCCGGACGAAGCGUGUUCGUAGUAAUUUGCACAGUCCCCGCCCACCGAAGUGAUGUAAUGGCCUGUGAUUGGAGGGCGCUUCCGCCUGGGUUUCCGGUGCGAUAGAACAGCAGGGCCGGGCGGCGAGGGCGGAUUCUCGUCUGUGCUGUGGCUGUCGGUGCCGGCAGGAUGAAGCAGGGCCCCGAAAAACUGGGCGGGCCGCCCCGUGCCAACGGUUGCAGCCUCAACAAGAACGGCGGCCUGAAGAACGGCUACGUGCGAGGCCCCGCCGACGCCCACAGCCAGAUUCAUCACAUUGCCCACAAUGGAGCCUUGUAUAAAAGACCCUUCAAUGAAGCUUUUGAGGAAACUCCAAUGCUGGUUGCGGUGCUGACUUAUGUAGGCUACGGUGUCCUCACCCUUUUUGGAUAUCUUCGAGACUUUUUGCGGUACUGGAAAAUUGAGAAAUGUCAUCACGCAACAGACAGAGAAGAACAGUUGGAUUUUGUACCUUUGUACCAGGAUUUUGAGAACUUCUAUACCAGGAAUCUGUACAUGCGCAUUAGAGAUAGCUGGAACAGACCAAUCUGCAGUGUUCCAGGAGCCAGGAUAGACAUGUUGGAGCGGGUUUCUCAUGACUACAACUGGACCUUCAAGUACACAGGGAAAGUGAUAAAGGAUGUUAUUAACAUGGGGUCCUACAACUACCUUGGAUAUGCAGAGAACAGUGGACCUUUCAGCGAGUCAGCAGCUAAAGUUCUAUCACAGUAUGGAGCUGGAGUGUGCAGCACAAGGCAAGAAAUGGGAAAUUUGGACAAACAUGAGGAGCUGGAAAGAUUAAUGGCCAGAUUCCUUGGUGUAGAGUCUGCAAUGACAUUUGGAAUGGGAUUUGCAACCAACUCAAUGAACAUUCCUGCUCUGGUUAGCAAGGGCUGCUUAAUUCUGAGCGAUGAGUUGAACCAUGCAUCUCUUGUACUAGGAGCAAGACUUUCAGGAGCAACUAUCAGAAUCUUCAAACACAAUAAUAUGCAGAGCUUGGAAAAACUGCUCAAAGAUGCCAUUGUAUAUGGACAACCUCGCACGCACAGGCCCUGGAAAAAAAUUCUCAUUGUUGUUGAAGCUAUAUACAGCAUGGAGGGAUCCAUAGUCCGUCUACCAGAAGUAAUUGCACUUAAGAAAAAGUACAAGUCAUACCUGUAUGUGGAUGAAGCUCAUAGUAUAGGAGCAAUUGGUCCCUCUGGCCGGGGUGUGGUGGAUUAUUUUGGACUUAACCCAGAAGAUGUGGACAUUAUGAUGGGGACAUUCACCAAGAGCUUUGGAGGUGCUGGAGGAUACAUUGGAGGCAAGAAGGAGCUGAUUGAUUACCUUCGUGUCCACUCUCAUAGCGCAGUUUAUGCCACAGCAUUAUCUCCUCCAGUGGUGGAGCAAAUCAUCAGAGUAAUGAAGUGUGUUAUGGGUGAAGAUGGUACAACAAUUGGCAAGCAGAGGAUACAGCAACUGUCUGAAAACACCAAGUAUUUCCGAAGGCGGCUUAAGCAAAUGGGCUUCAUCAUCUAUGGAAAUGAAGACUCUCCUAUUAUACCCUUGAUGCUGUAUAUGCCUGCAAAAAUUGGAGCAUUUGGGCGAGAGAUGUUGAAAAGGCACAUAGCUGUUGUUGUUGUGGGGUUCCCUGCCACACCAAUAAUUGAAUCCAGAGCCAGAAUUUGUUUAUCAGCAGCUCAUACCAAAGAGAUACUUGACUUUGCUUUAAAGGAAUUAGAUGAAGUUGGAGACCUCUUGCAAAUAAAAUAUUCCCGUCACCGAUUGGUACCCCUCCUUGAUCGGCCUUUUGAUGAGACUACAUAUGAAGAGACAGAAGACUGAGUUCUCCCUCUGUGUCCUAUGGAGUUUGCUCCUCUGUAAUAAGACUCUUGAAUGGUUCUGAGGCCAAGGUUUUUGAACCAAGCACUCACUUACUGCUUUAGCAUAUAAACAGUGACUUUUUACUUGCACAACUGAAGUAGCUACAGGAGCUCUAAAUUGUGUUUUGUAUGUGGCAAAAAAAAAUCUGGCUUUUAUUCCUAUUGCUUCAGGGUCUUGCCAUUGGAAAGUGCAUGGCUCUAACAUGCUGCUUCCUUAUUUAUUUGUCACAGUGACAUCACUGCAGUGGUUGUGUUGCCCAUCACGCUGUGAUGUGGACAUUGUGAGUGUUUCUUCAGAAGCUACAAUGCUUCUGUCACAACAUUUCCAGAUUCAUGCCCAAAAUCUUACCACUUUGGAAGUGCAAGACCUUUCAUUUUCAGUCAGGACUUCUGAGGAGAUCAUUGGCUGCUAACUUAAAUAUAUUUAACAAGAAAUAAUUAACCAAAGUAUAUUCUUUUUUGCAGUUGCUUGAUUUAAAGCUUAGUACACAUUGUUUUCAUUUCCUGUAAAAUGGUGGCUUGUUUGCCAUUUUCUGGGACUGUUGUUCAGUUCCUCAGGAAGCAAGCUUGGGGACCUUUUAGGACUUGGCCACUUCGUCUCAGUCUGAGUACCAAAUGUUCCUCUAAGUGGCAGAACAUAUCUCUGAACAGGAUAGGCCCUUGUGGGCAUUUGCAGAAGUACUCCAACUUCAGGAUGCACCUGCUUCCAUUUUCCAGAUUUGAAUUUUGCUUUUUGGAUUAGUGGUUGUCUUCAAAACUUAGAGGAAAAUCAUGACAUCUUUAGAUUGCACUGGAGGAACUUAUUUGCCUAGAACUCUUUAGGUGCCUUGUUUUUCUUGUCAUGUAGCAAUGUUUCCACUGUUAUUUCCUGACAGGUUCUCUCCCCCCCCCCUAAACUAAGCUAGUGUGCCAAGAGCCCUGACUAUGUGCUACAGUGGUGCUUCAUUCCUCUGUUCCUUCCUGUUAUUGCUUGGAUCACAGAAGUAGGCAGUAUGAAUUAAAUCUGCUCCAGUCUUUAGGCACAGAUUAGCAUUUGCCCUGGAGUAUAUUAUCAGCUUGCUUUUGUGGCAGUCACAUCAAGCACAGUUAACAGGACUCCAGCCUUUAAAAUGGGGCAGAUAGAAGUUCUUGCACAAAGAAUCUCAAGACUGUUGCAAGUGGAGGCAGCCUUCCAAAAUUUAGGCUCAGUUGUAAGAAUGUAGUAAUUCAGACACAGUCUGUCUCUACUGGGAUCCCGAAAAAAAUCUGUUAAGAAGAUAAUUAUGUAUCGAGCAGCAUUAGCCACUGCAACCCAUCCCUCAGCCUUUGCUUUUUUCUUUCAUCUUUUCCACUUUAAAAAAAUCCAGGCAUGAAAGCAAAAAGAUGGGCAAGAGUCGGUUUUUAGAAAAUUAUCCCCCUGGAGAAUUUGAUUCUCAAUAGCAAAUUAAAGUGAGAAUUAAUUGAUAUAGAAAAAAGUAGCAAUUACAGGUAUUCAAAAAAUGGCGAUGGAUGUCUUCCAGUGUAUUCAGUUUAUAAUGGUUAUAUUAUCUUUACUUGCAUAUACAUCCAAAUAAUAUACAUGUAUAUGCAUGCAAAUUAUAUACAAUGUGUUGAUUGGACAAGGUGCAGUAUAUUAUUUUACACGUGCAUUACGAGAAACCUCACUUUAGUUCUGUCUGAAUUCUCUCAAAGGAGUACAUCUGACUAGCUCAAGAUGCAUUAGACUGCUUAAAAAACCUCUGCCUCAAGAUUAUUAGUCUGUUUUCCAUUUUUGUUUAGCAAGAACUUCAGCUAGGUCAGCAUAGGAAUUCCUGAGGGGUGAAUCAGGAUUCAGAAAAUACUGAUACUAGGCUGAGGGAUGGAUUGCAGUGGCUAAUGCUGCUUGAUACAUAAUUAUCAGCUAGCACAGUUCAUCCAACUGGAGGGGCCAAAUAUGCUAGAUACCUUGAAAAUUAACAGGGUGAUGGAGGCUGGGUCUUUCAUGCUGUUUUUACUGAGCCAUCCCACCUGUAAACAUGUAGAACCCAAAUAUAGGAGGUGGAAGCACUAAAAAUGGCAUUUAAGUUCUCAUUCCACCUGAAUUCUGGGUAUUCUUUGAAUAACUUGAGAUAUAUUACUAGAAUUAGCCUCCCUGUAAUUUGCUGUCUGUCCAUUAAAUUUUAGCAGCACUGUUUUUGAGGACCUACCACCAUUCCAAAUCUGUGUUCAUGCCAGAUCAAACACUGACCAUUCCUUUUCGCCCAGUUUUACUGACCAGAAUUAAAUACAACACUGCUUUCCUCUGUCCUCAGACUGCUUAAGAACAGUGCUACGUGCUAUAGCUAUUGCAAGAAACAUUUAAGACUUACAGUGGUAUUUUCUGCAGACCUAAAGUAUGGAAGUAAAUUACACAGAUGCCAAUGUUUCUUGUAAAACCAUAACAUUCCCCUGACUUGGGCCAGCCUCUAAAUAGGACUCAAAUGUAAGAAGUAUGUAUUCUCAAAAUUCUUCCCUUGAAGUGAAUUAAAGUGGUUAGGCUUGACUGACUUAUCGUUUACAGUUUGGUCAAGACUGGAAAUUAAGGGCUAAAAAGUUCUCACCAAAAAUUAAAAUUCAUGCUCUGUGUUGUCCUAGUACUAGAGCUGUGCAGAUUUUUUUUGCACAUGCACACACACAGUCAAGUUAACUAUUCAAGAUAUAGUCGUAAAGACAUGCCUUAUAAGUGGUUGGCAUUUAUAUGGACUUUAUAUGAAAUUGAGUAGCAAUUUCAGGCUAUUCUUGAACAUGGUUUUCACUGAUUGCAUUUUUAUUUUUAGAAGUACUACAGCAAUAGCUGAAAGAAUAGGAAAAUAUAGCUUGAUGGAUGAUGACAGGUGGUAUGUUUUGAGAAUUCUGGUCCCAUUUUUUUUAAAAAAAAAAUACAAACUACACAGUCCUGUUCAGAGAAAGUCAAAUGAACAAUCCCUGUUAUUCCCAGGGUGUUGUCAGCCCAUCAUAUGGCCUAGUACUGCACAACAAAUGUUUUAUGUGUUACAGGAGGUGGCUCUUGGAGGAUGAGAAGCAGGAAAGAAAUGGUAACAAUUGAGACUGCAAGAAUUCCACUACCCCCUCCCGCUUCAUUUGGGAGGAAGGACAUAGUGGCUUGGAUCCAAAGGACCAUAACCUGUAUUCACAGAUUGUUCAAAAAUGGCAUGAGUGUAAUAUGUGGGGGUAUGAAAUAGGGAUUGGUGGAAAUCCCCUCCCCCUGCUUGUACCAUGAUCUAUCUGCAACUGAAAGAUUGGUUUACAAUCAAGUAUAUAUUUGGUGUGCAGGGAGGGGGUUAGUAUGUAUAUCAAAAAGUAUUUAGUAUGAUACACCACAGGAUAUAAAUAUUUGGUCCAAGAUCUGCAAGUCGCCUCUAUAGCAUUAGUUCUCUUCUCCCCCCACCUCAUAUUUCAAGAGUAUUUCAUUUCAGAAUAAGUUUUUAAAAAUUGAUUUGAGAGAGUUGCGGUGGUUCUCAAGUUAUCAACAUAAUAUAAUGUAGAAAAGGGUGGCUUCCAGGCAUGAAAAAAGCCUACUACCCUGUGUUUUGAAAGGGCUCUGCAUUAUGCCUGUAUGAUCUAUCAUUGAGAAGAGCAAAAAAAAAACAAACCCAAGUAAUAUUUUUAUCAGUGGUAAACGUGAUCUGCUCUAUUGGGAUGAAAACAGUACUGUGUUAAUCCCAAUAAAAUGAAUAUUCCAAAAGACUAGCAUUUCUAAGCACAUCUGAUACUACAAGAGGACAGCCCUUUUGUUACUGUCUUUGCCCUUGAUUUGCAUCAAAGUGUAAAUUGCUGUUUUUGGAGUAACUGGGGUUGCUUCUAUGAACUCUACCUAAACCAGGUUUCUAAAACGUUAGUAUCAACUGAAAUACAUGCAUCGAUAAAAAAGCCAGGGAGAGCUAGGAAACAAUAUUUGCUUUGUGAACUUGUAUGAAGGCUCUAAACCAUUUUGGAAGUUAGGUAAUCUUUUCUCUCCCUCACACUCCAGGACAAAUGCAAUGGCCAGGAAGGCCCAAAUGGAGCAUACUAAUCCAAAGAUAAUAGAUUGAUACAUAGCAGACCCCUUUCCCUCAACCAAGUUCUAUAUCUUUAGAAGCUGGGCAAUUACCAGUGUCCAUAAGCAUACUUCCAUGCUGAACAUAGGCCAAAGUCCUGUGCUUUAUGCUGCUAUCGAACUCUUCUCAAGAAACAUGGUAGAUGCUCUAGAACCAGAGCUUGAAAUACGUGGGACCAUCAUCCAAACAGAUUCCUCAUUUUAGGCAUGUGUACUUUGUUUAAGAUCCCGUUUUCAGUUGUCUCCUUAUACUCUGGUAUGGAGUCCAGAAUACAUGUAAUACAACCUUAGUAUUUUUAGAUAUAUACAGACUUUUCAGUGCCUGUUUCUUUAAAAUACAUGUACGUCUAAGGCUCAACUUUGCUGAUAUAUUUUAAAGCCACAAAUACUGAGAAAUGUGCAAAUUUCACAUUUGGUAUGGCAUGCAUACUAGAGUACAAAAAGUACAAGAAGAAUUGGUCCAAACGUUCUGUGUGAUGGUGCAUGUGUGUGUUGAGGGUGUGUGUGGCAGGGAUAUUACGCUGUUUAUCUCCUGAAAAGUAGAUAAGAACACUACUUUAAAAGCCUUAAAUUGUUGUUCUUGGCAUGAGUUAAACUCAUCCAAUAGAAUAGAAAGUUUUUGCAAGUAUUGUGAGCUGUAACAUUCUGUGCUAAUUGGGUCUGUUCAUAUGGUUGGUAGAGGCAGAUCUAUCAAGCUUAAAAUGAAGGAUGACAGCUAGUCGUCAUGCAGGUCUUCAAGGCUUGAAAGUUCUCUCCCUGCCCUUUCCCCACAAACUUUUGAAGCAUGUAGACUUUACACACACCCUCUCUCAUGGUGAAUAUUACAAAAAUGUACCAGAUGAUAGUUGAAUAUAUGUCUGAUCAAGGAGUUUGUUCUCAAGUUUCUGUCCAAGUGGCAGAAAUAUCUCUUGAGGAUGAAAAAUAGUUUGUACCUGAUUAGAUUAACAUGAUGAAUACUAUCUUGGGCUGAAUUCACCGUGAUGUAAUAUAUGCGAGAACUGGACCUUAGCUUGCUAACUUAUAUUCUGGCUGGUCACCCUGAGUGCUUUUCAUGUGAACUUUGACCCUCUUGAUGUAAUGCUAUGGAAAUCUUAGAUUUGUUCUUCUUUUUGAGACUUAAGAUCCAUUCCUAGUUGGUAUGUUCAACAACUCAUAGAAGAAUAAGGAUCUGAUGGAAAAUAAAAAAUUUAUGCAGGUAGCUAUGGCAGCUAGCAUAUUACCUACUCAUCUGUAGGUGGAUAUUUCUAGGCAGCUGGGGUAUGCCAACAGGUGACACAGUUUACCAAAACACAGUCCAAGAACAAUGCACUGAAAUAAGCAAGCCUUGUCUAAUGCCAUUUGCCAAAUCAUGCCUGCUGUGGCCAGUAUUUUCAGCCAUCCCCUUAACUAGAACCAUCUCUACUGCAUUUAUGCACAAUUGCAGGGGGGGGGGGGGAUGUUUUAGGAAGAAAAACCAGAUAAAGAGAUCAAAUGUAUGGAGCCUGAGGCUUUAGGCUGUCAACCCUGAAGCUAAUGGUGGCCCAUAUAUUUUAUAUUACUUGUGCAGACUUGCUCUAUAAGUUGCAACUUGUCUUAAAUGUCACUGUGCUCUGAUGCCUCUGUGUUGCUAACAAUGUACAUAUAUCCUAGACUUUUGUAGAUACUAAACAUUUUAAAUGAAAUUUUUAAUUACCUCCCCAAAAUGUUUUCUUCCAGAAUUACAACUUUUUUACUCCUUCAGCAAUUAACACAAAGUUGGGUGUCACGUGGAGAGAGAAAAGCAGGUACUCCACUGGCUUUUGAGAAAGUAACAAUGCACAUUAAGCUAAGAGAGACUGCUUGACAAAAAGAAAUCUAAUUAUGUUCUGCUUAAUAAAAGACUUCCAAGUAAAA